GAGCCCGGUCUCGGAGAUGCGGAACCGGAACCAGAGCAGCGGAGCGGUCCGAGCGCCGAGCGGGACGCUGGCCUUUCCCAGGCGUCGGGCCCAGUGACUAAGUCUUAGUCCUUCGGCUUUGACCGCGUUCCUUGGGGUCGGCGGAAGCAGAAGUGGGCUCUGGAUCCCAGAAACACUGCCUGGAGCAAUGAUGAUUCCAAGUUUGGCCAGAGGAUGCUGGAGAAGAUGGGAUGGUCUAAGGGGAAGGGCUUGGGGGCUCAGGAACAAGGAGCCACAGAACACAUUAAAGUUCAAGUCAAAAAUAACCACCUAGGACUCGGAGCCACAGUCAACAAUGAGGACAACUGGAUUGCACACCAGGAUGACUUUAACCAGCUCCUGGCUGAACUGAACAGCUGCCAUGGGCAGGAGACAGCAGAUUCCUCAGACAACAAGGAAAAGAAGUCUUUCAGCCUUGAGAAGAAGUCCAAAGUCUCCAAAAGCCGUGUUCAUUACAUGAAGUUCACGAAAGGGAAGGAUCUGUCCUCUCGGAGCAAAACCGAUCUUGACUGCAUUUUUGGGAAAAGGCAGAAUAAGAAGACUCACGAGGACGAGUCCCACCCCGCCACUCCGGACGGGCACGUGCCCUCCUCUACCACCACCAGCGCCUUCACCAUCCAGGAGUACUUUGCCCAGCGGAUGGCAGAGCUCAAGAGCAAGGCCCAGGGCUCGGCUGCGGGGCCCAGCCCUUCGGAGACCCAACUGGGAAGGAAAAAGGCCAAGAAAAGAAAGAAAACAGAUGAAAACGUGGAGACGCACACCCAUCCCCAGGCCAAGGUGAAGAAGAAGAGGGAGCAGGUGGAGUCUCCGCCCGGAGACCCUCGUGAGGCCGACAGUGCAGAAGCUGCUGCUGCGGCCGGAGACGACGGGGCGUGGCCAGCUGAGGACCAGGACUUGCCUCAGAAGCCCAGGAACAGGAGAGGGAAGACACCGCUCCACAGGCAAGCCCAGGCAGCGGUGGAGGCGCCCCUGGAGGAAACCCUGGUGAAAAAGAAGAAGAAAAAGAAGAAAGGUGCUAAAUAACUCCCUCCUCUGGGGGGGCUGCCCUUCCCCGUGGGCUGUCGGGCGCCCUGAGGCCAAACCCCUGGCCUGAAGUCAGAGCCUGCCCCGGGGGGAGCGGGCAGGGCCUCCUUCAACCUGCCCUGGGCCUGGGGCUCACCCUCCUCUUCCCAAACCAUAUUUCCAGGAGAACUUUUUAAUGUUCCCAACCUUGGGUCGUCAGCAAAUAAAUUCCUCCCGAGGCUCUGCCCUCCCCUGUGUGUGUCCUUCCCUGUCACGCACAGCAGCUGGCGCUGGAAGCGCCGUCCGCACGGUCCCGAGUCCCCUCAGUGACGGCGGCUGAGCUUCCUUCUCAAGGGCUUAGUCUAAUUAAAGGAUUAGGAGGCAAUAGUUUGGAUUCAGAUAGUU